AUGGCGGCGACGGGGACGUCGGUGAUCGAUUCCGUGCACGGACGGGCGCGGGCGGUGCGCGUGUUCGCGCCGAGGGACGAAGUGUCGUCGAACGCGGGCGACGCGGGAUGGGGGGACGUCGACGAUGGGUACGAGGCGUACGUCGAUGACGACGGUGACGUCGAUGGAGGGUCUGGGGUCGGGACGGCGUUCGGGUCGUCGGCGCGGACGUACGCGACGUACGACGAAUACGUCCAGAGCGAAGUCGCGAGGCUCGAGUUGUCGCUCAUCGAGACCUCGGGGACGGAACCAGAUUACGAAGCGAUACAGCGAACGCUCGAUGAGAUCGCGCACGAUGUGCAGAGCGAUCUGGAUCGAAUCGCCAGGACGCGGGCGACGGAGAUGACGUACGCGAACGACUUCUCGCAUCCGCCGCGGGGCGGCGGAGGAGGCGGAUACGUCGUCGCCGAACCGUGGCCGCCGGCUGAUUACGGCGCGUACGCGAACGAGGCGUACGUAAUUUACGACGCCGAUGGCUCGAGAGUGAUGUUCGAGCCGCAGGGUGAAGUGGGACGAUUGAUGCAACAGCUCACGUGGGUGACGACGAUUUUUCCGGGCAAUCCAACCGCGUUGGACGACUACAUGCGGUGCUCGACGAUCGUCCGACCGUGCUCGGUGGCGGAGCUCUUGAGACGGUGCACGUACGAGCCUCGAGGGACGUGGUAUCGCGAGCGUAUAUCGCGCAUGAACGCCCCGCUCACGUGGCCGUACUGUCAGCCAGAUCUCGAGGAGGUGUACAAGUAUUGCACCGAGGUCGAGGCGCAGGCUGGGAUUUGCGAUCCGAGAAGGGCUCGAGAGCGCAUGUACCUGUCAAGGACGAUCGCCAUUAACGGUGGCACCGCGCCUUGUUUACGCUGGCGAACGAACAUAUUCGGCACGCGCGAGUGCAUCGAUCGCGGAUGA